AUGGCUCGCCUGAGUAGCACCCUUUUCUUAUUGUUUAACUUAAUGGCUUUAGCAUCCGGUUGUUUCGGGGUCGGCUCGUAUCUCUACUUCCAAAUUCAUAGAGUCACUGACUGCCAAAAUGUGGUGCAGAAGCCUCUAAUGGUGAUGGGGAUAAUUUUGAUUGUGAUGUCAUUUCUAGGGUUGGUGGGUGCAAUCUUCAAGCUCACUUGUCUGCUGUGGAUAUACUCUGUGGUGGCUUUGUUGGUGCUGGCUGGGCUCACAGCCUUUGCUCUUUUUGUGUACACGGUUGAAGACACAAGUGGCAGCGGUGGCCUGGCUGGGUUAGGAUUUAAGAAGCAUAAUGCUGGGGGAGAUUACACACAGUGGCUGCAGAAUAUGGUUAUAGAUGGGAAGCAUUGGAAUGGCAUUAGGACUUGCUUGAUUGAUCAUGAGAUUUGUAAGCGGCUUGAAAAUACUGUUCAGAAUUCUCAGGAUUUUUAUCUCAAGAAAUUAUCUCCUGUGCAGUCGGGUUGCUGCAGACCACCAAUAUACUGUGGAUUUGAAUACAAGAAUGCAACUUUCUGGGUAACACCAAAAUCAGGGAAGGUUUCAAAUGAAAGAGACUGCAAUUUAUGGAGCAAUAAGCAGGAGAAGCUAUGCUACAAUUGCAACACUUGCAAAGCAGCAGUCAUAAAAAAGAGUAGAAACACUUGGAAAAUAUUUGCUAUACUUGACUCCAUUGACAUUGCUAUUCUCCUUAUCGCCUAUGCUCUUAGUUGCUGCACUAGGAAUCACAUCGUCUCUGAUACUAAAUACAACAGGGUACAUCCUUGA